GAUGCUCUGUGCCGCUGUCCCCACGUGUGUCGGGGAGGAAGAAACGGGGAAGUUGGCGGGAUGUCGGUGGCUGCCAGCAACCUGCCCAUGCGGCUGCUCCGCAGGAAGAUCCACAAGCGCAACCUGAAGCUGCGGGAGCGCAACCUGAAGCUGCGGGCGGCCGGAGGGGCGGUGCCUCCGGCAGGCGAGGCGCCUUCGCAGAGCUCCCCGGAGGAGGCAGAGGAGGAGGUGGCGGCCCCUGAGGUAGAGGCGGCGGAGGGCGAGGAGGCUGCCGGCUCCCAGGGCGGGGAGGAGGAGAAAAAGAAGAAAAAGAAGAAAAAAAAGAGGAAAGCGGCGGCUAACGCGGAAAAUGAUACAGGAACUAAAAAAGCAAAAACUGAAGAAGAUGAAUCUGUGGAGGUAGAAGGUGAAGAAAAGCAAGGUUCUGGAGAGAAAGAAGGGGAGGAGGAGGAGGAGGAUGAAGUGCCCAAUUUACCACUGGGUGUAACAGGUGCUUUUGAAGACAAUUCUUUUACUUCCCUGGCUGGUCUUGUCAGUGAGAAUACACUGAAAGGCAUAAAUGACAUGGGUUUUACACACAUGACUGAAAUUCAGCAUAAAAGUAUUAAGCCACUUCUGGAAGGCAGGGAUAUUUUAGCAGCUGCAAAAACAGGCAGUGGCAAAACCCUUGCAUUUCUUAUUCCUGCCAUAGAGCUCAUCUACAAGUUAAAAUUCAUGCCUAGAAAUGGAACUGGUGUUAUUAUUCUUUCUCCUACUCGAGAACUCGCUAUGCAGACCUAUGGAGUUCUUAAAGAACUUAUGAAUCAUCACGUUCACACCUACGGCCUGAUAAUGGGGGGCAGUAACAGAUCAGCAGAAGCCCAGAAACUUGGAAAUGGAAUCAACAUUAUUGUAGCCACACCAGGGAGACUGCUGGAUCAUAUGCAGAACACUCCAGGUUUCAUGUAUAAGAACUUGCAGUGCUUGGUAAUUGAUGAGGCAGAUCGUAUCUUGGAGGUUGGAUUUGAAGAAGAAAUGAAACAGAUCAUAAAACUUCUACCAAAGCGCAGACAGACAAUGCUUUUUUCUGCUACACAAACCAGAAAGGUUGAGGAUCUGGCAAAGAUCUCUCUGAAGAAAGAGCCACUGUAUGUUGGGGUUGAUGAUAACAAGGAGACAGCAACAGUAGAUGGUCUUGAACAGGGAUACGUAGUGUGUCCAUCUGAAAAAAGAUUCCUUUUGCUCUUCACAUUCCUCAAGAAGAACCGAAAGAAGAAAUUAAUGGUAUUUUUUUCUUCGUGUAUGUCAGUAAAGUACCAUUAUGAGUUACUCAACUACAUUGACCUGCCUGUUUUGGCCAUUCAUGGCAAGCAGAAACAAACCAAACGUACUACAACAUUUUUCCAGUUCUGCAAUGCAGAAUCUGGGAUACUGUUGUGUACUGAUGUAGCUGCCAGAGGACUGGAUAUUCCUGAAGUUGACUGGAUUGUCCAGUAUGACCCUCCUGAUGACCCAAAAGAAUAUAUUCAUCGUGUUGGUAGGACUGCCAGAGGCAUAAAUGGUAGAGGACAUGCUCUGCUCAUCCUGCGACCAGAAGAACUGGGCUUCCUUCGUUACCUAAAACAGGCCAGGGUACCACUAAGUGAAUUUGAAUUUUCCUGGUCAAAAAUUUCAGACAUCCAGUCUCAGCUGGAGAAACUGAUUGAGAAGAACUACUUCCUUCACAAGUCAGCCCAGGAAGCAUACAAAGCUUACAUUAGAGCUUAUGACUCCCAUUCUCUGAAGCAGAUCUAUGAUGUCAAUAACUUGGAUCUUCCCAAAGUCAGCCUUUCAUUUGGUUUUAAAAUUCCUCCAUUUGUUGACCUCAAUGUGAACAGCAACCAUGGCAGAAGACUACAGAAAAGAGGUGGAGGUGGAGGAUUUGGUUACCAGAAACCAAAGAAUGUUCACAAAGCUAAAAUCUUCAAGCACAUUAGCAAGAAAUCAGACCAUCGGCAGUUUUCUCGUUAAUUGGACAUUCAUUAAAAUGGCUUCUGGACUACCAAAACCAUUUCAUAGUUACUUCCAAUUUAAAUGGCUCUAUUCAUAUUUUUAGAGGUCUUCAUGGUUCUGUCUCUGGGAACAUCUUUUAUCUUUCAGUUUGGAAAGGAGACUUAGAGAAAGGGAAUAUACAGCCUGCUAAUGUUGCCACACUUACAAGGAGAAGAUUAGUUAAAUAUAAUAGUCUUAAAUCAAAACUAAAGAGUUUUUUAUUACAGAAAGAAAAAAUCCAUUUAGAUUUUAUAAAAGAAUUUGCUUUACCCCUUUUUUUCCUACGCAAGCCUAUGAAAUUUGUUGGAAUAAACAGAAAGAUUGAUUACAUACAGUGUGAGAUUAAAAAAAAUAAACUUUUUCAUA